AUGGAGAUGCACAAAGGAGCAGUGUCAGCACACUAUGCAGCAACCAAGGAGGACCUGACCUGCCUCAAGCUGCUGGUCACUGCAGACCUAAGUGGCCCCCCCACACACCUCCUGACGCCCCAGCACUGGGUCCCCCCCAAAUGUGGGAUCCGCUACCAGCACAUGGUGGCCGAGCUCUGGCCCAGCCACGACUCUGUCCCCAUGCGGGUGGAGCUGCUGGGCAGCGCGGAACGGGAGUACUUCCAGGUGGCGGUGCAGCUGCGAGGCAGCACGGAGAACACAGCCCCCUCCCUGGGCUUUGCGGCGCUGCUGGUGGCCGAGGUGGAUCAGUUCGUGCUCACCACCCUCACCCCUGACAUGCUGGCGGCCGAGGACCUGGAGAGCCCCCUGGACCUGCUCCUCUUCAGCCUCACCAUGCCCUGGACCAGCCCCAGCGGGCGGGAAGGCGAGGAUCUCCAGCUGCGGGGCUACCUGCUCACAUUCAACACUGUUGACUAUGAGAUACUGAUGUCCUGCCUGAGAGAGGUGGCAGACAUCCAGGAGUUUAAGCAUGGGCAGCAGUCUGCUCAGCGGAGGACUUCUAGCAGCCAGGAGGGUCAAAUGGCCAAGAUCCCAGUAAUAAAGAGCCAGCACACUGGUGACUACUACCGACCGGAGAGUGGACAAGCACGCCUCAGAAUGUCAAGUGAGGCCAUCGCGAGGAUGGAGAAUGGCAAGGCUCAGGCACCAGUGAAUCCUCUACCGAUGGGAGUAAGCCACACACUAGCCAUGGUGAAAGAAGGAAUUAUCCACACACACCAGAAUAUAGCCACCACAAGGUCCUUCAACAUGCUGAAACCCAGCGAGCCCAGCAAACCACUCAUAGCAGAGCCGAAGCUCAGCAAAUCCCUGCAGAAGGCCAGGAUCACAGCUUUGUUCGCACACUCUGGCGAGAAGACUGCACCAGCAGAUCCUGUGCAGAGCAGCUGCAUCUCCCCAACACUGGAUGAGCCGUACCCAUCAGAUCUCGAUGCCAUGGUGCCCACCCAUGAUGAACAAGGCCACUCGAUUCCCGAGUGGAAGCGGCAGGUGAUGGUGAGGAAGCUGCAGGCUCGGCUGGAAGCAGAAGAGGGCAAGGGCAGGAAGAGCAGUGGAGGCAGUUCGGUGGAGAUGGGGGACUGGAGGUAUUCACAGGCCCACAAUGGUAUACUGGGCCCCUUCGGGGAGCUGCUGACCGAGGACGACCUACUUUACUUGGAGAAGCAGAUUGAGAAUCUGCAGCUGAGGAAGAGAUGUCAGGAGUGUGAGAGAGAGCUGGGGCGCCUGGUGGAGGAGCUGCAGACCAUCCUUCCUGCCCCCAUUGUCCAUAUCACCGUCAACAGCCAACUCCUGCACCAGGAUGGCCAGGCACUCCCUAUCUGGUGCAGCCGCAUCUCUGGCAUGGUGAAGAGCAUGUCUGUGCUGCUCACUAAUGUAAAUGGCCUGAGGAAGGAAGCGGAGACGCCAUCCCCUAAAGAACCAUCCAGGCCUGGUGAGGGGAAGUGUCCUGCUGGAGGCAGUGCAGAGAGGGAGAUCCUGGAGUGUGGCGUCUCUGUCAGGAAGUUGAGAGGUAAUUUUGAGAAACAUGUUCUCCCAGGACAAAGAAUGGCCUUGGAGCUCCGAGGGGUGGAGGCUAUGCCUUGGGAACACUCAGGAAGGUGCUGGUCAGGUGAGGAUCUUGUUUCUGAAAAGCAGUGGAGCACCAGUAAGAGCCAGAGAAAACUAGUCUGUGAAGAACAUGCGUUUGGAGAUAUGGAGAAUGCCAGUGACUCUGGGAUCAGCUGCAAAGAGGCUUCCUCGGAUGUGAGCAGGUCACUUGUUCCAGUGGCAGAGCCCACUAGCCUCAGGAAAGAACGAAUAGUGAUGCUCUUUCUGAGCCACUGGAAGAAAUCUGCUUUCAUGCCUUCCUUGAAAAUCACGGCCAGAAAAACGCUUGAGUCCCAGAGAGUCAGGAAAAUAAGAGAGGUGGAGGCUGCUGCUGAGGUCAGAAAGGAACAGAUUCCUGAGGAGAAGCCGGUGGUGGAAAUGAGCAAACUGGGCUAUUUAAUUCAGCAAAGGAGCACUAUCAAGAACCUGAUUGGCAACUGGAAGAACAUCAUCUCUCAGGUGCCCUCACGACAGAUCCGGUGCCUGAACCGCCAGCAGGCUAUCUAUUCCCCAGAGCAGUUCCUGCCCCACGUCAAUGGGGUGCCCACCAAUUACAACAGCCUCACCCUUGACCUCUUUAUGCUUGGUUACUUCCACAUCCUGGAGCUGGACCUUCCUCAGGAGGAACGCAAGAUGAGGCACCUCCUCUGCUUCGAGGUGUUCGACCACUUGGGCAGAUACCCCUGGGAGACUGUGCGAGCCUUCCACAAGGCAGUGACUGAUGAAAUCAGUGCUGGCAAGCGAGGCUGGAAAGACAGUUUUGAGGACAUUAAGUUCAGGUUUUUUGGUAACACCAAGAACCCAGUCAGGGAGCUGGAACCAAGCAGAGCAUCAGCAGAAAGCACUCUAAGGCCAGUGUCCAGAGUUAGGGUUCGGAGCACUGCUCUUGAGCAGGCUGGACAUGAUCCAGGAAACUGUUCUGAGGUAGGCAGCUUCAACAAUGAUGAGAUCUGCAGGUACAUUGACCGCAGCUUUGCCUUCUGGAAGGAAAAAGAAGCCGAGAUAUUCAACUUUGAGGAGUGA